AAUUAGGUUGGUAAUGAAAUUUGGGGAUAUUUUGCGUAGCCGAAUCAUAACAGUGAAGUUCGCUCUCUUUUUAUGCGAGUCAACAUGGCUGACGCAAAAACGCAGAAGAUGUCGGAGAAGAGUAAAGAAGUGAAAAAGCCGGGAAAACCCCGCAAUUACGACCUGGGAAACGGAAUUUAUCGGUUUUCCCGAACUCGUAUGUACCAUAAAAAAGCAAUUUAUAAAUUUUUGGGGAAAAAAGUCGCUCCGAAAAAACCCAAAACGAAAACCCAACAAUUCGCUGAAAAACCAAUUGGUGGUGAGAAAAACGGCGGAAAACGCGUUGUUAGAACCGUGAGAAAACGCGCAUAUUACGCGACACAAGAUAAAAUUUUACCCAGAAACUCCCGCGGACGUUCUUUCUCCCAACACAAACGCAAUUUGCGCUCAUCUCUUCAACCGGGAACUAUCUUAAUAGUUUUGGCCGGCCCCCACAAAGGAAAACGAGUCGUCCUUUUAAAACAACUCUUCUCUGGGAUGUUAUUAGUUACUGGUCCAUUUAAAAUAAAUGGAUGUCCCAUGAGGAGGAUGCACCCGAAUUACGUAAUUGCCACACAAACGAGGGUGGAUUUGGGCUCUUUCAAACUUAAUGAUAGCAUUGAUGAUGAAUAUUUUAAGCGCGAAAGGAAGCGUAGGCCGAAAAAGGAAGAAGGCGACAUUUUUGCUACCAAAAAGGCUGGUUAUAAACCAACCGAUCAAAGGAAAUCCGAUCAGAAGAUUGUUGAUAAACAAGUUAUUGAUGCGAUUAAGAAAAAUGCAGACAAGAAGUUGUUGUUUGCUUAUUUAGCUACUAUGUUUGGGUUGAGAUCCUCCCAAUAUCCCCAUAGGAUGAAGUUUUAGGGUUAUUUUUAAGCGAUUUCUGUUUAUUUUUUAAUUCAAUUAAAGAUUUUGAAUUUGAAAUAAA